AUGAAUUAAAUUAAUAAAAACAGAUUUCUCUAAAAACAGAUUUCUCUAAAAACCAAAAAAAUAAAUAUAAAUUUGCAUUUUCAUUUUAGAAAAAAAAUUAAGUUGGCAGAAAAGAGCUAUGAAACUGUUAGAGAUAGAAAUUUGGGAAGGUAUGCCGUAAAAUAAAUUAUAAUGUAAUGGCAUAUUUAUCAUAGUUUAAUUCACAGAUGAAUACUAAUUAUUCUUGAAAAGUGCUAAUUGAUUCAUAAUUAGGAAAAGAAGUUCGCAAAAAUUACUCGAUAGUCUCCAAAAUUAAUGAAAAAUCAUUUAAGAAAGAUUAUAAUGCUAUAAAUUAAAUUAAACUAAAUUACUAUGCUGUCAAAAAUUGAGGCAUAUGAGCAAAAUUCAUAAAAAGAAGAGAUAUUAAGAUUGGAAGUGGAAAUCCAGAAAAAAAUAAAUUUUGAAAUGGAAAUACCAAGAUUAUAUAAUUAUAUAAAAGAUUCAACUAAAAGAGUGCUGUUGAAAUCUUUUUAGUUAUUCAUUUAUAAAUUAAUUUUAGGUAAGAACAUUGAUGAAUUAUUUAGUUUAUACAACUUUACAUGUUCUUUGAAAACUAUCUUGCAUUUUAUGAAUCAGGAUAUUCGUCAAUUAAAAUAUCCACAUUCUAAAGGCUUUAUUAAUUAAGUGAGAUAAAGUUACCUAGUAUUAACACAGAAACAUUAAGCCAGAGAUUUCAUGAUAGGAAUCCCAUUCAAUGAAAACUAUAUUCAAAUCAUUGAUUUCUGAAU